AUGUCCAACAUUAUCGCAUCUGUUAAUGAGCAUUAUCCCGAUUUUAAAAACAUUAUUUUGUACCAAAACAGUGGUAAGUUAAAUGUUGACUUCGAAAAAAUCUAUGAAGUUAUCAUAAAUUUAUAUGAAGAAAAAGAAUGGAAACCAAUCAAGGCAAAAUUGGUACCGGGUAUUAAACAGUACAAAGAAUUUAAGUUUGAAUAUGGGGGUACCAAGUACAUGCUCGUCAAUAAACGAACAAUCAGUAAUGAAGAAAUCCAAAUGAACUCAUUAACCGAUUCGACUACGUUAAAACAACAAGUUUUGAAAAAUGAAAAUUUUAAAAAUUUUGCUGUUGAUGUUUUGAAGUUUGUCACAGUUUCUACCUCCUCUAGAGUCAAAAAUGAAUUUGUUGAGACUUUUUCAAAAACUCUUGACAAUAUCCAUCAGGUAUCAAGAUUUAUUUAUGAACAUAAAGACAAGAAAACUGUUGCUGUUUCUUUUGAAGAAUCCAAAUUACGUCACUAUCUUUCUGAAUGGAAAUUAGAUUUAUUAAGAAGCCAUAAAAAUAAGGAUGGUUAUGUUCAAAUCGGCUAUGAUCAACUGAUUGCUCUUUUGCGUGCUACAGUUAAGUCUGUUAAUAAACAACGUCAACAGAAAGAAGAGGCCGCUCGUAAGUUAAUGGAAGAAACUAUUUCAGCUGCUGUUACAGAACAUGAACAAUUGGUUUCAGAUCUUGCUCCUUUUCAUACUAUUCUACAAUUGAAUGGAUCUUACCUCAAACAAUCUAGCGUCAUUCAAGCUAAAGCGAAAGACGAAUGGCUCAAGCAACCUAGAGAUGCGAGAAAAGAAGGGUUUGAUGCGUGGGCUCAGGCAUGGUGGUGUGAAAAUAAAGCAGAUGCUAUUAUGAUCGAGUUCGACAAAUUAGCUAAAGAUUCGACAUUAGGUGCGUUUCUUGCAAAACAAAAUGCGUUUCAAGAGUAA